AAACAUGCCCGGAGCGCACAGGGCAGCGCGGCAGGCUCGGCCCCUUUAGCCCAGGGAGCCCGGGGGGGCUAAGCCAUGAAUUCCUCCCUCCCAACCCCCGGGAUCCCCCCCGGCCCUCUGCAGCUCUGGCAGGAGGAGAACCAGACCCAAGGUGGGCUCUGGAAUGGGAGCCAGGAGCUGGGAUGGGAAGAGCUGGAGAAGAUGCUCUUCCUCUUCGUGAAGGAGCCUGUCACCAUCAGCCUCACAGCGAUGUACCUGGUGUCGUUCGUGGUGGGCUUUGUGGGCAACAUCAUGUCCAUCAGGGUGCUCACCCGGAAGCGUCGGAGUCGGGUGUCCAGCCUGAGUGCCACCCGCAGCCUCCUCAUCAACCUGGCAGUGUGCGACCUCAUGGUGGUGUGUGUCUGCAUGCCCAUCACCGUGGGCAACCUCAUCUACAAAGCCUGGGUGUACGGGGACUUCCUUUGCCGGGCAGUGCCCUUCAUCCAGGCUGUUUCUGUCUCCGCCAGCGUCCUCAGUCUGACCGUCAUCAGCGUGAACCGGUACUACAGCGUGCAUAACCCACUCAACGCCCGGUCUUUCUUCACCCAGAAAAGGAUCCUCAGCACCAUCCUGGUGGUGUGGCUGUUAUCCUCAGGGAUAUGCAUGCCCCUCAUCUUCAUGAACAAACGGGAUGAAAUUGGGGUGGUGGAGGGCUUGCCUCUGGUGUUUUCCAUCUGCAGGGAGAUUUGGCCUCAGGAGAGGCUCAAGCAAGCCUACAACUUUCUGCUCUUCUGUGCCCUCUAUUGCCUGCCAGUCCUGUUCAACAUGGUCAUCUGCUUCCUCACGGUGCGCAAGCUGUGGAGCCGCAGCGGCCAGCUGAAGGAGAGCACUGCCCUGAACCGAUCUCUGCCAGCCUCCAGGCUGAAGAUACGGAAGAAGGUAGCGCAGAUGGUGGUGGCCCUGGUGCUGCUGUUUGCAAUCUCCUGGCUGCCCGUCUACCUGAUGGACAUCUGGAUUGAUUUCAACAUCCCCAAAUCCCUGCAGGAUGUGACUCCUUCUCCUUGGAUCUUGCAGCUCAGACCUUAUGCCCAGUGGCUUGGCCUCACCAAUUCCAGCCUCAACCCCAUAUGCUAUUGCUUUGUUGGGAACCUCUACAGGUCAGCCAAGGAAAUGAAGAGCAAAUACCACCAAAGAAUGGUCUCUUUCUUUAAUUUCUCUCUGUCUGAAGGGACAACCCGUUCCUCAGUCCCAGAGCUGCUCUCUUACCAGAGCUCAAUGGACCCUGCAAAGAAAGGACCCUCUGCCACCCCUACCAUGGGCAGAAGAUGUCAGGGAGGUCACGGACACAAGAACAAGUGUGGACACUUGAACUGCUGCCAGCAUCCACCCCCAAACACUGUCUCCAGUGAGAACACUUCUUUGUGAUUCACCCUCCCCUGCAUUUAAUGACUCUUAGGAGGACUUUCUGAGCCAGGUAUUUUAAUGAUGGGAGAAAAAACUUCCUUCUAAUCACUCCCACCACCAGUUCAAAAACUGAGACAGGGAAAGAAGCAAAUAAUGAGAGAAAAAAGUGACAUAUUUUAACUCAGAUCAAAUUUUAAGACAAAAGCUUUUUACUGGGGACAACUGGAUGUGGAGCCUGUUGCCCAGUCAACAGCCACAUAAUUACAUAGAUCAACUUCCCAACGAGUGAGCUCUCCCUGCAGCUCCAUCUCUGGAUGCAGAGAUGCAGUUUGGAUACAGCAAUGAUUUGACUGCUUGCUGCUGCUCGCCCUGUGCUGAUAAAGAGCAGCAAUAAGAGGCACUCUGAGCUCCAAACCCAUCAGUUGUAGUUGCAAGCAGGGAAGAAAUGCUAAGAACAGCAUCAUAAUAAAGUAACAGUAGAGGAGAAUUUCACAUACUUUACCCCUUGAGAUUUCAUUGUCUGAUUGUUUCAGUCCUCCAUGCAAACAAAUCCCCCUGAUGUGAAGAGACAGAGCCAGAAGCACUAAAGCAGCCAUCACCGCUCUGCACUUGGGAAUUCAAAAGGGAUAAUGUGGCUUUGGAGGUGAUGUAGGAAAUGCAAUAGGAAAAUGUUUUUUGGGCAUCAGCUCUCUUUCUCCCAGCUACGUUACUGCAGGUGGAGCGGAAAGAACUGGGCAUCUAUUAACAUCAUUUGCACUUGAAAACUGUGCUCAGGCGUGUCUGCACCAAAGUCAAUGGCAUGUGGAAAUAAAAAUAGAAAGUGGUUUAUAGCUAAUAAAAUCAGAAUCAACGAAUGCAAUGCUAUUUGUCUGGGAAGGAGAGAAUCAAAGUGCUUGCUUUUCCUGAGGAUCAGAAAUAGGUUGAAACCUAUUUCUUCCAUCAUCUCCUUUAAAGGAGGCUUUGAUAAAUAAAUGGGAUACUUUUAUUACCUUAACAUCAGAAAGCCCCACUAACGCUUGAGAAUUCUAUUGUGCUGAGCACUGGAUCUGUAUUUAUAAAUGAAAGAAGCCUUUCUCCCAGAUGUCUAAGUGAAAACACAUCAGGCCUGAACAGGUGGGAGAAAAAAGGAAUACAACAAAGACCCUAAAGGCUGGAAUGAAACUAAGGCUCAGCCCCUUCCCCAUGCCCACCUGAUGCUCAGUGGCAUAGAAGAGCCCAUGCCCUGGUUACCUAUAUACCAGCACCCAGCACAGCCAGGCACUCCUCUCAGUAAGUCCCAGGACCAGUGCAGCAGCAUUCCUGGGACAGGAUUUUGCAUUUAAUGGAAUUCAGGCUUUUGAUGAUUAGGAUUCCUUUUUGUAAUUGCUGAACAAGGGAACUGUGUUCUGGCAAAUCAAAGUUUCAGGUAAUAUUCUCCUGCCUUCUGGGGAGCUUUUUGCUUACAAAAACCACCAGAGCCAAAACACAGCCAUUCAGCCCGACAGGACUCCCACCUUUGUAAUGAUUGCUCAGUAACGUUUUAACAAUGAUCUUCCAGGAGAACAAAAAAAUCCCCUCUUAACAGAGCCCUGCACUAUUUAUGUUCUCUUUUUGUGUGAACGAGAAUGAAAUUACAACUCCUUGGUUUUACUUUGGGUGAGAAAUCGCUUUUAUGUGUGCUGUUUGACGAGAACAUCUGCAUUUUUGCAGGUGAUUAUGUGAGCGUACCUACUGCCGGAGCUUUUAGCUGUGGAGAAAAGCCUGUGAAUAUUUUAUUUCCUCUUUCAAGGCAUAUUUUUAGGGCUGGCAAAAGGUGCCAGGGUGAGGAGCAUUAAAAGCUCCCUCCAAAUGCUGACUGCCUCCAGGUCCUGACUGUCUCCAUCCCCAGACCAGAUGUGACACAAUACUGACACUUCCCUACCCAUGUAUUUAAUCCUGCCCUGAAUAACCCUAAGUGGAUGGAUGGUGGAGAGGCCAGGUCAGCUCUAUCCCAGGUAGUGGCCCAGCUCUGAAAAUGGCCAGGAUCAAAUAAUGCAAUCAAAGGUGCAAGACAUUCACAUCUUAAAGCAUCCCAGAGGAGAUGCUUUCCUUCUCUCAGCUCAAGAACUGAUACCUGAUGCCCUGAGAGUCUCUGUAUCCUCUAUGGAGGCAGAAAUACCCAGGACUGCAUGUUCUGAAUGUGCCUGUGCCUUUCCCUCCUGCUGCAGAUGCCCAGGCCUUUGUCCAGCCCCACAGCGUUCCUGACCACUAAGAUACACGGUGGCAAGGACCACUUCCACCGGGCAAGCUCGUCUCCUCUUCACACUUUUCAAUGUAUUUUCCAGUUUCAUUCAGUGUUCUUAUUUUCCUAUAAUAAAGUCUAAUUGUUCAUUUUAA